GUGGAAGCAAGAGUCGGUGAAUUGAUCGAAUUGUGCAAAAACACUGAUCCCAACGCGAAAGGAUGGCGACCCACACGAAGACCUGAACUCGAUGUUCUUGGCCAUACGAGAAUAACACUGCAGAAUCAUGUGGAGCGUUUAGAGGAGAUCAAGCAGGAUUACGUUUCGCAGUUAGAAGAGAAGAAAAGAUAUUAUGAGCAGUUGAAAGAACAAAUCAAGGAAUUAGACGAUGGAUCACUGUUCGCAUCCAAAGUAGAUGGUUUUCAGCUUUGA